AGCGUUGGUGAAGAUGUGGGGUGGGAGUUGGGGGAGGGAGAUCCCCAAAGAGGCUAGUUCCUCACUCAGUGAGCUCACCCUUGAGUGUAUGCCAAGGCCCUCUUCCCUUCCCUGAUCCCUAAUCUCCUAGCACUAGGUCUUCCUAACAACCCCAGGACGCACCUCUGCUUAUCCAUGCCCGAAGCUCCUCUAGGUCCAUCCUACUCCCUCCCAGGGGUCUGGAUACUGAAGAGGGAUUGAGUAGGGUCAGUGAGCCAUGUGUGUCCCCUGGGACUUCAGCCAGGCCCAGCUUCUGGACAGUAUCCUAGGGCUGGGGGCACUAGGAGUGACAAUUCAAACCAUCUUCUCAACGGCUGGCCUGGCCCUGCUGCUGCUGUUGCUGACCAGUUUCCUCGUUUUUGACCUGUUCCAUGGGUCCACAGGUUGCAACCUGCCGCGACACAGACUUCUCCCAGUGGGUCAGAGCCAGGGGGCUGGUGAGGGUCCAGGACAGCAAGCAGCUCCCCUCUCCCCAGCAGGGACAGUCUCAAGACUGCUCAGCCUCCAGGAUGCACUGCUCCUGCUGUUCCUGGGCCUGGGCCUGAUCUUGGGAGGCUCUGGUAUACCCUUAGCCAUGCUGGGCCUAGCUUUCUGUAUCCAUCCUUGGGCCUGAGAGCCCUCCUAAAGCUGAAUGCCUUCUAAAAAUACAUCAUCCAAUCUGCUCUC